AUGGAACCCCUUCGAACAGCCCCGGAGACGUCGUCUUUUAUUCCUCUUGCCGACCACCAGUCGCGUACUCCAUCCUCAUUCCACUCUGGUCCCGCCGUCCUCCACUACCACAGCAAACAGUGCAAGCUAGUCAUCCCCGAACAUGACCUCGUCGCAUCUUCUACUCUGAAUGCAAUUCGUGGACCAGCGGCGACAGUCAAUGGGUCCGACGGCCAUGCCCCCACCGCGACAGCAGAGAGUAACGCGAACGGUGAGAGCGAUGGAAAAGAGAUCGUCCUUGACAACGUGGACAUUUGGGUGACAUCGGACAAAUUCCUCUUAUACAACCCCUCCGUUUCCGCAGGCGUUUCUAUCCCUUAUCCAUCCAUCUCCUUGCAUGCGAUCCAGAGACUGCGACUCCCUGAUACCUCUGAUACCGAACUCCAGGGUCUUUAUAUGCAAAUUGCGAAGCCGGAGCCACCCACACGAGAUGAUGAUGAAGAAGAGAGUAUGACUAUAACGAUUGUUCCGCCGACCGAUACAGAUACAGCUACCGAAGAUCUGGACGAUAAUAAGCCCAAAGAAACACCCACGCAGGCGCUGUAUGCGGCUGUGUCUGCCUGUUCGAACCUUCAUCCGGACCCGAUGGAGGAAGACGAUGAAGAUGAGGAAGAAAACUCGCUCUUCCAGUCUGGGAUCGUUUCCAUGGGCAGCGGGGAUGGAGGUCUCCCCCCACCUGUGGAAGGUAGCUCAGGGUGGAUUACUGCCGAGAAUAUGCAUGAGUACUUCGACGAGGAAGGGAACUGGAUUGCCAGUGGAGAGGGGCCGACAUUGCCACUCGGCCCAGGGGCUGGUAUAGUGAGACCAAGAGACGAAGAAAGUGAUGGGCAGGAUGGAGAAAUUCAGGGUGAGGAUCAAGGAGAGGAAACCAAAUGGAGGCGAACUGAUUAA